UUCUCGCUUCAUCCCUCCGUGUCUCUGCGGCUUCUCUGGGGAAAGAAAUUCACAGAGAGAGAGAGAGAGAACGGUGACAUGUAUCUUGUCUCCACCAGCGACGACUUUGAGGUCGCCGAGAUUCUGCUGACACUCAACAAAUCCCACUACGGAACCGCGGCGACGCGUGGAUUUACCUUCUCUUGGGCGACGAGAAGACACAGGUCGCUCGGUCGGCGGAGACGAUCGCUGCCGUUGAUCUUACAGAAAACUGACGUGGAAUCCACCCCCACCGCCGGACAAAAUCUCGCUGCGAGCGGACUCCGUAUUAAGAUGAAGAGAGAUAGAUUGUUGUUGAACGCCAUGGAAGAAUUAACCACCGAAAAUCAAGUUCUGGGAAUGAUAUUAACUUCUCCUGGUCAAUUCAUUCGAAAGUUACUGGCCGGCGACAAAGUGGACGGCGGUGAUCAGCGAGCGCUUCCGCAGCAGUCGAUCGUACAUCCAACGGUUCACAAUGGGCGCAUUGAAGGGUCAUAUGUAUAUGGAUACAGCGAAUCAGUACCAGUGAGAAGUCAACCACGUGGUAAGUUUUAUCAUGUUAAUGACGUGGACAUUUAUCAGCCGUCAGAUUUGAGGGUUGCGAAAUCAACGGCCGCUGCUCUCGCAAGGCAGAGGAGAAAAGAGAUCUACAAGUCCAAGAACCGGCUCUCUCAUAUUUCCCCAGUUCUCGGAAGAUAAUUAUAUAUAUCGAAUAGGAGUGAGAGAUAAUGACGAGAUCUUUUCCAUAUCUUUUAUAUCAUAUUAUACAUAAUUAACAAGUUGUAAUAUGUAAAUUACAUAUUGAGUUUUUGAGGUGAUUCUAUUUUAAAGUU